CACCAGUCCCAUGCUAAAACGCACGUGUCAAUUUCAACGUUGUUAGAGGAUCAGCAAAAAGUAACGUGUGUACAUCUCACUUGAAAUCUCUGCACGUACAAAAUACGUUCACCUGUAAAUUUUACCUUCAAAAAAAUUGGUAAUUUUUACAUUGAUUUGGUGUUUUUCGUCUGCAAUUUUUUUGUCAACUACGGUUCUCGAAAACCUCGUUUUUGUAAAUUUCUUCUCGAUUUUAUCUUUUGAUUUCAUCUCCCGUUUUUGUUGUAAUAUCUGAGCAAGAAUGGAAGUUCAAUACGUGUAUACUAAGAAGCGACUGGAGUUCGGACGCCAGUGCAACUUCGUGGACAGGGGGGCAGAGUUGUUGACCAAUAUCCAGCCGGAUGCGUCUCUGCGGAACCAGUAUGUGGAGCGGAACCCAGUGGACAUGCCUGUCCAGGUGUCCAAGGAGAUGUCAGAACACGAGGCAAACACAAUCAGAUACGAGACUGAGAACAGAAGCAUCAACCACACAGAGGGCGGCUGGCCGAAAGAUGUGAACCCUCACGAGAUCGAACAAGUGCAGAGGUUCCGCAAGAAGGUGGAGAAAGAAGAAAGCUACGUACAAACCAUCACUGGACUAAGCACAGGUAUGGAGCAUUUCAUAAAGCAGAACAACGGAAUCGACAUUUAUGAGAAGUACUUCCAAGAAUUCGACUUCGACACAUCCGAAGAGCCGCCAGGAGCCAAGAUGAUCAACGUUUUCUGUGAUCCGAAUGAAAUCAAACGAACUGCCUCCAACUUGUCCUGGUACCCGGAUGGAGCCCGGAAGCUAGCGGUGGCCUACUGCAACCUCGAGUUCCAACGCAACCAGCCAGGCAUCUCCGACAACUCCUACAUCUGGGAUGUCGAGAACCCCAACCGACCCGAUUUCACUCUCAAACCCGUCUCCCCCAUCGUCUGCCUCGAGUACAACCCCAAAGAUCCCCACACUCUAAUCGGGGGGUGCUACAAUGGGCAGAUCGCUUUUUGGGAUACCAGAAAACACCAGCAUCCUUGCGAGUCUUCCCCCAUUGAAGUGAGUCACAGAGACCCGCCUUAUAAGGUUAUCUGGCUCAGUUCGAAGACGGGAACGGAGUGUUUCUCGGCGUCCACCGAUGGACAGGUCCUCUGGUGGGAUACCAGGAAACUGGGCGAACCAACGGAACAGCUGGUCUUGGAUCUUUCUAAACAAGGAAUCAUCGCCAAGGCUCAGGGUGCUUCAGUCUUGGAGUACGAAUCAACAAUCCCGACUAAGUUCAUGGUUGGAACUGAGCAAGGGACGAUCAUCAGCUGCAAUCGGAAGGCGAAGACGCCGGCGGAGAAGAUCGUGGCCGUGUACAGUGGCCAUCAUGGUCCCAUCUAUGCACUCCAGAGGAACCCCUUCUUCCCCAAGAACUUCCUCACUGUGGCCGACUGGACCGCCAGGAUCUGGUCAGAGGACAUCAAAGACAGUUCUAUCAUGUGGACCAACUAUGACAUGCACUACUUGACAGAUGCCUGCUGGAGCACCCAGAGACCCUCUGUCUUCUUCACCACCAAGAUGAAUGGCAAGUUGGAUGUGUGGGAUCUCCUGUUCAAGCAGAACGACCCAGUCCUCUCUGUCCAGGUGACGGAUGGGCCGCUGCACUGUCUGCGGAUGCAGGAGAAUGGCAGCCACAUCGGAGUGGGAUCGAAGGACGGGACAGUGACACUACUGGAGCUGAGCAACUCCCUCUACACUCUGCAGAGGAACGAGAAGGCACUCGUCACUGCCAUGUUUGAGCGGGAGACUAGGCGAGAGAAGAUACUCGAGGCCAGACACAGGGAGAUGAAGUUGAAGGAGAAGCAGAUGAAGAGUGGUGGGGGAGAAGGAGAGGAAGGCGAGGGGGGAGGAGAAGAGGAGGAGGAUCUGAUUGGAAAGGCAGAGCAGGAGUUUAGGGAGAUUCUGGACAAGGAGAAGGCUGUCUUCGAGGAUAAAGAACGCAAGAUGAAAGAAGAGGUUGAACAGUCUGAGAAUGGGAGCUACGGGGACAACGAGAGUGCGCAGGGCGAGAAGAGAGGCGACACGCCGGAAGAAGACAAGGACAAGAAAUGAACACGCCCUAAUUAACUAUAAUCCCUAUCCACCAAUCAGAACAGCCCUCACAAUUCUCGACCAAUGGGAUCAGCUUCUCAUCCUGCUUACUUUAUAUUGACCUAUAUGAUGUGAGAAAACACUCGCUUAGUUGAGCGCCUUUUUCUCCAGCCUCAAAUUUUCUAUAUAAAACAUUUUUUGCUGUUCAUGAACUCUUUAGUAAAUUUAUUUUGAUUUACUAA